GUAUGUAACGUUCACAUGUCUAUAAAUACCACCCCCACACCACCCCAUUAUCUCUUCUUUGUUCUUCGGUCUUCAUGUCAUUAAAAACCAUACAAGGCUCAAAGAUAAAGCAAUUCUUCAUCUUCAAUCUUGCAGAUUGGCUCAUUUUGUGGGUAAAUUUUGGGUUUUCAAUCUUGAAAAUUGGUAUUAUUUUCUGGGUUUUCUAUUUUUGGGUUAUAAAUGGCUAUACAAGCACAGAUAUACCCAGAAAAUCUUGGUUUACCAUUAACUGGUGGUGGUUUAAGUUGUCAAGACUGGUUUUUAAUGUCCAACAAUUCAAACAACACCACCACCAACAACAACAACAACAAUCUGAAUUGUUGUGGUUAUGAUUUUAGUUUCAACAACAAUCUUCAACAACAGGCUAUGAUGAUUCAAGCUCAAGAACAGUAUAUUCAACAUCAACAACAACUAUAUCAACAACAACAGAAGAAUUCUUGUUUUGAGAUUAAUAAGAAUGAAAGUUUUGGGUUAUUAUCAUCAUCCAAAAACUGUACAAGUACAACAACUGCAAGUACAACAACAACUGAAAGUGAUUAUCAUAUGCCAAUAAUUUUUUCAUCAAAUACAUUACUUGUUGAUCAUCUUGAGAAACAGAGACAAUAUAUUGAUAGAUACAUAGCUGUACAGAAUGAGAGGCUUGCAAGAAUUUUACAAGAACAGAGGAAACAACAAUUGAUUGUUGUAGUGAGAAAAUUAGAAGAAAAGGCAAUGCAAUUAUUAAGAGAAAAAGAUGAAGAACUUGCAAAAGCAACAAAAAAAACAUAUGAAUUAGAAGAAAUCGUUAGAAAAAUGGAGAUUGAGAAUCAAGAAUGGCAAAGAUUAGCAGCAGAAAAUGAAGCAAUGGUAUUAUCAUUAAACAAUACAUUGGAACAAAUGAAAGAUCAUGCUUAUUGGGUAGCAUCAGCAUCAUGUUCAUCAAAUGUAUUGGAUGAAGCUGAAUCUUGUUGUAAUUUCAACAAUUACAGAGAAGAACAUAAAGAAAAAGAAGAAAUGGUGUUAUGUAAAGUCUGCAAAUCUGGGAAAUCAUGCAUUUUAAUGCUCCCUUGUAAACAUCUAUGCUGUUGUAAAGGGUGUGAAGCUUUGGUUGAUGUUUGUCCGGUUUGUGAAUCUCCAAAGGUGGGAAGCAUUGAAGCUUUAAUCUCAUGAUCAUAAUUCAUAGGUAGGAAAAAAAGUUAAAAAAAAAAAUUAGGAUAUUAGUUUUUUUUUUUAUUAUUUUUUUUAUUUUUAGGAAAAGUAAAAGGAGAAAUUGUUCAGAUUUUAUUCAGAAUCUGACUUCUGAAAAGAAAAAAAAAAGGGUGAAAACAAUGAAAAAAUGCCCAUUUUGAUAUAUCGUAGUUGUUUUUUAGUGUUUUGGUAAAUAUUUGUCUUUUUUGGCAGUUAAAUCAGAGGUGGGUGGGGGAAAAUCACAAUCAAUUGAACAGAAUUUUAGUACAACUAGUAUCUUUGCUUCUUUUAUAUAUUUAUGUCUUUUGGUUUUUGUAUUUGUUCAUUUUUUAAAAAUAUUUAAUAGUAAAUAUAUGUAUACAUGGGUAUUAAUUAAAAUUGAAUUUAUAUUUUGAUUUUGAUUAGUAACUAUAUAAAAGGCAUUUUAUUUAAUUUAUUAUCGCUCUCAAAUGGUAAUAGCUACUAACCCACAAAUAAAACUUCAAAUGCCGAAUAAAAAUCAAGUUAUUUCUUGAUUGUAGUAUGUAACAGGUUUGAUUUUUAUUAGUCCUUUUCAUUUUCUUAGCCUGCAUUGUAUCAUAAAAAAUCGUCAAAUACUCAUCUCUAUUUGUUCCUUUGAAUAUAUGAGAUCGGAAAAUGAGGGUGGGUAACUGGGUAAGUACAUGGUUUGGCUAUUUGGUAUUCAAAGGUGUAGCAUUUUCAAGUCCUUUUAUGAAGGCAUUGGAUCAUUCA